AUGUCUAAAAUCUGCCCUGUGUACGUCGUGUUUUUUUCCGCUCUGCAGAACACGUACAACCUGUCGAACCAGAACUACGUGAAGGUGCGCGGCUCGAACGCGACCAUGGUUGCCAUGUACGACACGAAGAUUGUCGGCGAAGUCAAAGACCUUCAGGUGUUUCACGUGCCGCUGCGCUCGACCGUCGUCAUAGCGAUACCGAUGAACAUCACGUUCGGAGACGACGAGGGUUACUUAGCGAAGUUUUGCACGGGUUCUUCAUCGUGGCUUCACAACAUCGCCCUGUCGUUCACCGUUACGAUCGAGACGACCUAUCUGAACCACGUCGAGCAGAUCGCGCGCACCUCGUUCCAGUACGUCAACUGCGCUCCGACCGCAACCACGACGACGACGACGACGACGACCGUUGCCCCGGCGACGACCCAGCCGACGACGGACGCCGGCGCCACCUAGUGGUGAUGAGAAGAAGUCGCGGAGAGAGUGCGUGAGCGUGUGUGAGAGAGUGUGUGUGCAGAAGAGGGGCGAGAGAGUGAAAUGGCGAGAGAGCUAGCGGAUAAGUAUUGUCUGAUGUAGUCUCUCUUGCUCACUCUCUUUCUUUAUCUCUCUCUCUGUCUGUCUAUGUCUA